AACAGUCGGUGCUUUCGAGUGAAUUCAGAACAGCUUCAACAAAUACAUAACUCAAAAUGAAGUUCACUCUUUUCUGUGUUGCCCUGGCUGCUCUUUUCUCCAUGGGACAGUGUAAUCCGGACAUCCGCCAAAUAAUGCAGCAGUGCAUGGAGUCCAACCAGGUGACCGAGGCCGAUCUCAAGGCGUUCAUGGCCGGCGGGAUGCAGAGCAAUGCCCAGGAGAACCUCAAGUGCUACACCAAGUGCCUGAUGGAAAAGCAGGGCCACUUCGCCAACGGCCAGUUCAAUGCCCAGGCCAUGCUCGACACCCUCAAGAAUGUGCCCCAGAUCAAGGACAAAAUGGACGAGAUUUCCUCGGGAGUGAAUGCCUGCAAGGACAUCAAGGGAACCAACGACUGCGACACGGCCUUCAAGGUGACCAUGUGCCUGAAGGAGCACAAGGCCAUUCCCGGACAUCACUAAUUGCUUGGUGGCAUUUUGUAAAAUAAACUUGUUCACGUUUAGCCGAUUCGAAGUUUAUUUGUAGAGAUAAUAACAGGAUGCAUGUCUUUCGAGUGCAGAAGUCAGUGUAACUUUUAUUAAAAUCCCAAAAUCCUAAUAAUUCAACUAAAA